CACAAAGACAUAUAAAAUGAGGCGAGCUUUUAUGUGCUGUGUUGUUGUCUGUGUUGACAGUUGUCAAUUUUGGCGCGAAUAUUUCCACAUCUCAUGUGUCAUUCGUGGUGCUCACUACUGAACUUACUGUUCUGUUUUUAUGGUCUAAAGUACACCAAUGUUGAUUAUAGACGAAUAGACAAUUUCGUGUUGCCAACUUCAGUUCAACAUCAACAAACCAUGGAUAACAAUCCAAUUCAAGAAGAUAAAGGCUAUUUCUAUGGUGUUUAUUUGCUGUGCAGUCAAAGUGAUAACCCAAAAUAUCGAAAUAAAAAUUACAUUGGUUUCACUGUCAACCCAAACAGACGAAUUAUUCAACAUAAUCGCGGAAAUAUGUUUGGCGGUGCCAAGAAAACCAGCGACAAAGGACCAUGGGAAAUGGUAUUGAUUGUUCAUGGCUUUCCGAACAACAUAUCGGCUUUGCGGUUUGAAUGGGCUUGGCAACAGCCGAAAGAAUCGCGUCGGCUACGGCAUUUGGACGAAUUAAAACGUCGAAAACCAGGCGAAAGUUUUUUCGAUUUGAAUUUUCGCAUUUUGACGGAAAUGCUACGAACACCACCAUGGAAUCGACUUGCGUUGACUGUGCGAUGGUUGUCUAAGGAGUUUGCACGCGAUUUUCCGGUCACCAAACUGCCUCCGAGCCAUAUGUUAAUCCGGCAAGGCGACAUUGUGUUGAAGAAGGCAAAGAAGCCUUCUUGUCCGAUGGAUGAUUUCGCAUCUCAAAGCCCCGUAAAAUGUAUUAUUUGUGAUCGAUUCGUAUCUGCGGUGGAACGCGUAAGCUGCUCAAAUUCUGGCUGUUCAUUAAAUUGUCAUCUCAUUUGUUUAGGUCAACGUUUCUUGGAGCCGGGUGAAUAUGUGCCAAUUAGUGGAUCAUGUCCAAAAUGCCAUCAAAUUCAACUCUGGAGCGAUGUUGUGCGCAAAUUCAAGGGCUAUUCCGAUGCAAUCGUUUUAGCUGCUGAUGACGAACAUGAUAUAUAACAACAAUUUUGUUUCCAUAAUUUUAUUGCUAGAUUAUUAGAAAUUAACGGACUAGAGAAAUGUCUCAAUUUAAUCGACGACAUAUGAAUGGAAUUUGCAUGACAAAGCGGCCGUUUUAGGGUCGUAUGAUUUUUAUUGUGACUAAGUGAUAUACGAAAGUAAUAAAAUUAAUGAUGAUUUGUGUAAAAUA